AUGAAGACUGCAGGAGCUAAGGGAAAGGGAGAUGGCUUUGUGGAGAAGCACAACAAGGCCGAGGAUUCCAUUUUGGCCCGGGCCUUCCGCAAAACCACAACAAACCUUGUCAAAGGUGCCAAAGAAAAAGGAGAUGUGUUUUGGGGGAAUUUGUGUUUGAACUACAAUGCAAUCCGACAGGAAGAAGAUCCCCAAUUGACUGCGAGGAACCAGAAAUCAUGCCAGAACCGUUGGUCUCGGCACAUGUUGCCUUGUAUGAACCACUUCAUUGGUUGCUGGCGCUUUGCCUAG